AUGGAUGGCCAUCCAACCCGCCUGGAUGGGCUCCCUGGGUUAGCUCAGGAGCCGCUGGUCCGACCUCGGGCGCGGGAGCACCAGACCCUCACCAGCAGCCACGAGGCAGCCCAGGCGCGAGCGGAGCUGCAGGGCGGGUCGCUGGGGGACGUGCUGAAGUCGCAGCUCGUGGAGCUGGGCAACUUCGUGGGCAGCCUCCAGCUGCGCGCCAACCGAGGCGAGGACAGCGAAUGGUUGAGCGCUCCAGCUGCUGCUCUUCCUCCAUCGCCUACUCUUCAGCAGAGGUUGGGCCACACUGAGGAGCCAGAGGUGCAGGCGCUGGAGACCAGCUUCAGCCCGUGCUCCGCAGGGAGCUCCGAGCUGGAGGUGCUGCGUGUGCAGAUGUCGGCGCUGGCCCAGUCGCUGGCAGGCCUGGGGGCGUGCGUGGUGAACUGGUCGGGCUUCCUGGACGCCCAGCGGCGCGGAGAGCUGCGCCGAAAAGUGCUGAGCUACGUGGAGCCCUGCGGGCAACUCAGCCCGGAGCUCCAGGAGCUCUGCCGAGACCUGCGGUCCAUGGAGUUCGCCUUGGAGCCUGGGCUGGCGCGGGCCGAAGAUGGCUCGGGAGGGGGUGGAGCGGCCGCUCACAGUGGGGGCGCUGCGGGAGAUGCUGGAAGCGUCGGCGCCUGA